UCUGGCAAUUAUAUGGAAGCGGAUGAAUGAAAAGGGGUGCUUCUAUGGGCUCCUGGUUGGGUUCGUUGUUGGAAUUACACGCAUGAUCAUAGACUUCUACUACAAAGUUCCGACAUGUAUGGAAAAGUGGACCGAUGGCGACCCACGCCCUGCGUUUGUGAAGAAUGUGCACUACAUGUACUUUGCACUGAUCUUGUUCUGGCUGACCAUCACCACAGCAGUCAUCGUCAGCUUACUGACCUCACCACUUCCAGCAAAACAUUUGGUGAGAACGACAUACUGGACUCGAAAUGACCAUCGCGAGAUUGUUGACGAGGAUCACUUUGAUGAGGCAGCAGGUAUCCACGACAACGAACGCGAACAACCGGGAAUCCCGAUGGAAGAAAAAAACAAAACAGAAAGUACGUCAGUGGACCAAGAAAGUUCAUCACCAGUUGAACAUGAUUACGUAGCACCAACGUUUCGUCGUCGUUACGUGAAACCAGCCUGGGACUGGUUCUGUGGCUACGACUACUCGCCCGCGGGAGAAUUGAGUCAAGCGGAGUUCCGGCGCCACCUACACAAGCUGACGUCACUGAAGCAGGACCCGAGGGCCAAGUGGUUCCUAAAUGUGAUGCUUGUGAUCGUUCUCGCAGUUGCAUUGUUCCUUUUUGUCUUUUUCUCAAUUCAUGCUGGUGGUCGUUAAAUCGCUUGUGAAGGCGUUCACCUAUCGAAAGCCAACUACGAUAGUUGGCCUAUUCAUCGUGCCGGCAUUUGUUAAUGGUACUGGUAUAUGCUCUAUGCUAGACUGUGCCAGACGUUCCCCUGUUUGUCAAGUAUCAUUCUAAAUGAAUUGCCAAUUUUUAAUUGUCUAAUUCUCUUGGUUGCAAUGUGGAAGGUCAGAUUCAUCAACAUGCAUACUAAGUGAAUUUUUUUAAACAAGAUCCCUUGAUUUCUUUCGGGUUGAAAUGCCCUCUUUGCUCAACAUGUAGUAUAUAUUGUCUAGGUAUAUGAAGUCAUGUCAGAUGGUAAUGGCCUUUCAGAAUGCUGGAAUCAUUUUCUAUAUGGAUGUGACGGUUUAUUCACGAGAUAGCUUUUUAUAUAUUAAAUUAUUUAGUAUUUUAAUUUUGUAUCUCACCGAGGUGUACUCACCUUUUUUAUCAGCUGGUUAUUAUUGUACCCAUGUUUUACUGUAUUAUAUGCACAUAUUAUGUAAGUUUGAGGAAUACGC